AUGGCGAAAGACGAUAAUGGAAAUGAUCACAAGUCCGACAGUGCGACCAAGCGAUCGAGAUGGGCUACCCGGAAACUCACGGUCAAGAGCAGUAAUGUCAAGAGGCUGUCCCUCAUAAAAAAGAUGCACAAGGGGACUGGGUCGACAGAGAAGAAACGCCAGUCGGGAGGCUCACAACGCUCCACCGGCAGCCGGUCAACUGGGCAAGGAGAUCACGAUCAGGAAGAUGAUGCCACUGCAAUCGACCAGAACGAACAGACCGACGCGAAUAGUACCACAUCCGAAGAGGAGGGAGAGGGGAGGACGCUUUUCUUCAAUAAACCAUUGCCCGAUGAGUGGAAAGACGAGGAGGGAAACCCCUCGCGCGUCUAUUCGAGGAACAAGAUCCGAACUGCCAAGUACACCCCAUUGUCCUUCGUGCCGAAGAACCUGUGGUUUCAAUUCCACAAUAUUGCCAACAUUUUCUUCCUUUUCAUGGUGAUUCUGGUGUUUUUCCCCAUCUUCGGAGGUACCAAUCCUGGGCUCAAUGCCGUGCCCCUGAUCUUUAUCAUCGUCGUCACAGCCAUCAAGGACGCCAUUGAAGACUAUCGCCGGACAAUUCUCGACAACGAGCUGAACAACGCCCCGGUGCAUCGCCUGAUUGGGUGGAACAAUGUCAAUGUCGCCGAGGACAACGUCUCGACUUGGAGGAAAAUAAAAAAAGCCACCUCCAAGUAUCUGGGUGCCUGGUGGCGUGCGACAACGAGUUUGUGGAAGAAGGAUCACAAUGGAAAGGGCGCACUGCAGAAUUCCUCCGAUCCACGGCCCUCGGUGGAGACCAAGGCGACACAUGGCGAGUCGAUGCUGUCUCCGCGCGGCGAUAGGCGGUCUUUUGUGUCGGCAUACGAGGACAUCCAAAUGACACCCGUUGCCUCGCCUCUUCCUCCCACAAAAGAAUUGGAGUUGGGGGAGGACACCCCUACUCACGUUCUCGCGAGGGAGAAAGGUGACCUGAUUAACCACGAACUCGAAUCCAAUGGCCAGGCAAGAUUCCAUAAGGAUGCGUGGAAGAACCUCCAGGUUGGCGAUUUCGUACGACUGUACAACGAUGAUGAAUUGCCCGCAGAUGUUAUCGUAUUGGCGACAUCCGACUCGGACGGGGCCUGUUAUGUGGAAACCAAGAAUCUGGACGGUGAGACGAAUCUGAAGGUCCGUCAAGCUCUUCACUGCGGGCGAUCGUUGAAGCAUGCGAGGGACUGCGAACGCGCCCAAUUCACUAUCCAGAGUGAGGCUCCGCAGCCCAACCUCUACAAGUACAACGGCGCCAUCGAAUGGCAACAGGACUUCCCAGGUAUUGGACCGAGAGAAAUGUCGGAGCCGAUCACUAUCGACAAUCUGCUGCUCCGUGGGUGCAAUAUGAGGAAUACCGAGUGGGUCUUGGGUGUGGUCAUCUUCACGGGUCACGACACCAAGAUCAUGAUGAAUGCGGGUGCUACGCCUAGUAAGCGAGCACGCAUUGCCAGAGAGCUCAACUUCAACGUCAUCUGUAACUUUGGCAUCCUCGUCAUCAUGUGUCUGGUCUCCGGCAUUGCCAACGGUGUUGCUUGGUCCAAGAAUGAUGCUUCGAUAGCCUGGUUCGAUUACGGCUCGAUUGGCAGUACCCCUGGCAUGACUGGCUUCAUCACUUUCUUUGCUGCCCUGAUUGUCUUCCAGAACUUGGUGCCAAUUUCGCUGUACAUCUCGCUGGAAAUCGUCCGCACGCUACAAGCCAUCUUCAUUUACAGCGACGUGGAAAUGUACUACGAACCGAUCGACUACCCCUGCGUGCCAAAGUCGUGGAACAUCUCAGACGAUAUUGGCCAAAUCGAAUACAUCUUCUCCGACAAGACGGGUACCCUCACGCAAAACGUCAUGGAGUUCAAGAAGGCUACUAUUAAUGGUCAACCCUAUGGCGAGGCCUACACAGAGGCGCAGGCCGGUAUGCAAAAGCGCCUGGGCAUCGACGUUGUGAAGGAAGGUGCCCGAGCCAGGGAACAGAUUGCCGCUGGCAAGGUUCAAGCUCUGGAAAGCCUGAAGAAAAUACACGACAACCCGUACUUGCAUGCGGACGACAUGACAUUCAUAGCGCCUGACUUUGUCGAUGACUUGCGAGGAGAGUCUGGACAGGAGCAGAAAGAGGCCAACGCGCAUUUCAUGCUGGCUUUAGCCCUCUGCCACACUGUCAUCGCCGAGCACGUUCCCGGUGACCCGCCGAGAAUCGACUUCAAAGCCCAGUCUCCCGACGAGGCAGCUCUUGUCGCAACGGCGCGUGACAUGGGGUUCACUGUACUCGGUCAGACUGGAGAUGGCAUUAGAUUAAACGUCAUGGGUGAAGAGAUACACUACACUGUUCUCAACACGAUCGAGUUCAACUCCAGUCGGAAACGUAUGAGUGCAAUCGUCAGGAUGCCGGAUGAACGCAUCAUCCUGUUUUGCAAGGGCGCUGACAGCAUCAUCUACUCCCGUCUGAAGCGAGGAGACCAAGCGGAGCUUCGCAAGACUACUGCUGAGCACCUCGAAAUGUUUGCCCGAGAAGGUCUACGAACGCUUUGCAUAGCGCAGCGCGUUCUGACCGAAGAGGAGUACCUCUCAUGGCGAAAGGAACACGACAAGGCCGCCACCGCCCUGUUGGAGAGAGAGGAGAAGUUGGAGGAGGUUGCCGACAAGAUAGAGCAGGACCUUACCCUCAUCGGCGGGACUGCCAUCGAAGACCGACUUCAGGAUGGUGUUCCCGACACCAUCGAGUUGCUCGGACGUGCAGGUAUCAAGCUCUGGGUCCUGACUGGAGACAAGGUCGAGACUGCUAUCAACAUCGGAUUCUCCUGCAAUCUUUUGAACAACGACAUGGAACUCAUGCACAUCAAGGUAGACGAAGACGAGACCGGCACAACCACGGACGAAGAGUUCAUGGGCCGUGUCGAGCAGCAACUCAAGCAGGGGCUUGAAUCGUUCAACAUCACGGGUAGCGAUCAAGAUCUCGCUGAUGCCCGAAAGAACCACGAGCCACCAGCACCAACACAUGCUCUAGUCAUCGACGGGUUCACUCUGAAAUGGGUGCUGGAUGAUGCCUUGAAACAGAAGUUUUUACUUCUGUGCAAGGAAUGCGCAUCUGUUCUCUGCUGCCGUGUCAGUCCCGCCCAGAAAGCCUCGGUUGUGGCAAUGGUCAAGACCGGUCUGGAUGUGAUGACCUUGUCCAUCGGAGACGGUGCCAACGAUGUUGCGAUGAUCCAAGAGGCAGACGUGGGUGUUGGUAUUGCUGGUGUCGAAGGUCGACAAGCCGUCAUGUCAGCAGAUUACGCCAUCGGUCAAUUCCUCUUCCUCCAGCGGCUUGUCCUUGUUCACGGCCGCUGGUCUUACAGGCGGAUGGCCGAAGUCAUCGCCAACUUCUUCUACAAGAACAUGAUCUGGACAUUCACCAUCUUCUGGUACCAAUGUUACUGCGACUUCGAUAUCACAUAUAUCUUUGAGUACACCUACAUCCUCCUUUUCAACCUCAUCCUGACAUCGGUCGUUCCGGUCCUCAUCGGCGUUCUCGACCAGGACGUUUCUGACAAAGUCUCCCUGGCUGUUCCUCAACUGUAUCGUCGUGGCAUCGAGCGCCGGGAGUGGACGCAACACAAGUUCUGGAUGUACAUGUUUGAUGGUCUAUACCAAAGUGGAAUAGCCUUCUUCAUUCCUUACGUGGUCUUCGCGCGGACGUCCGUCGUCAGUGGGAACGGCUUGGAUGUCAUGGACCGGUACCGUUUCGGUGCCUAUAUUGCACAUCCUGUGAUCAUCACCAUCAACCUCUAUAUCCUCAUCAACUUCUACAGAUGGGAUUGGCUCACGCUCCUGGUUGUCUGCAUCAGUGAUCUCUUCAUCUUCUUCUGGACUGGCGUAUACACUUCGUCGACGUACUCGUCGCAGUUCUACAAGGCAGCUCCCCAAGUGUAUGGCGAGGCCACGUUCUGGGCUGUCCUCGUCAUUACGCCAAUCAUUUGCAUCAUGCCUCGUUACGCCAUCAAGGCUUUGAGAAAGGUCUACUGGCCCCGAGAUGUUGACAUCAUUCGAGAACAAAUAAGUCAGGGAAAGUUCGACGAGGUCCUGAAGGAUGAGAAGCAGGACGCAGACGAAGAGGUGGCGAUGAAAGCGAGUUUCUCGGGCUCCUCAGAGUCAUCACGGAGGAGAAAGCAUCAGACAUACCAGAGCGUUGAUGAAGACCUCAGGCCCAUCUACCCACCGUCUGUUGCCACCCAGUCCGUUACAACAUACAACGCUCAUAGCCCAAACAAUAGUGACGGCACAAACUACACAAGGCACGGGCCGUCGAUGGACUUGCCUGUUAGCCAACCUGCGGAUAUCCCCGCGCGUCCUUCGUUUGAUCGCGUCCGGCCUUCGUACGAUCGAAUCCGGGCUUCCAUGGACCGCGUACGGCCAAGCUAUGAAGCGACAAAUGAGUUUACGUCUGCUGCUAUGUUGAGUCGGCUCGAGUCAUCCCGUUCCGGCGUACCAAAAGUACCGGAUGUACCAGAAUCUCAAGGGAGUGGAAUAAUAGGGAAAAUCCGACGGCGUACCCGGGGCAAGUCCUUCAAGUCAGCGUUUGGCUCCCAUCAUCACAAGGACACCAAUCAGCAUGAUAACAACGACCCUGACAACAUCGACGAGUGA